AUGAUGACUUGGAUUGAUAAUAUAUACCAGAAGUUUGAGAAUAUGAUCCAGGAGGUUGAAGAUACAAUGUUGGAGGACUUUCAAUACCUAGAGAAUCAAAUGAGCAUUGUUGGAGAAUCUGUUAAGAAAUUAUGUUCAAAUGCCAUGGAGGAUUUGAUUCCUCCAUCUACGACCUCUGCUCCUGUAUUGCCUAUAGGUCACUAUGCUGGUAUAUCAGAAAAUUCGCUUCAACGUACCAAGAAACUAAGCGGUACCAAUCUCAAUUCUUGCUAUUAUGUCGAAGCGGAUAAUUUGAAAUCAGGUGCAAAACCAAAUGUUGAAAGCGCCGAUAUUGAAUCAAACGUUGGUAGCGAUGUAAAUCAACAGAAUAAGGAAAUGCCUGCAUCUGAGACAGCUAUUGAAGCCUCUGCUUCUGUAACAGAUUGUUGCAAUGAAACUGAAGAUGCAAGUACGGACCAAAACUGCGGUGUUGAGGUUUUCGUUGAAUCAGCUGAAGAGAAAGAGGAAAAUAUGAGCUCUUUCUCAAGUUACAUAUUUGAAGAUGCUAUUGGGUUUUCCAUGAUCAAAGCUAUGCAAAAAGAUGACGAUACGAAGCUUGACCAAACUUGUGUCCUUAUUUCAAAAGACGAACUUCAGUUUGCUCCCAACGCAACGGUUAAUCGGAAGACUAGUGAGAAAAAAUGGCUGCAACCCUUUUCGUUGAUUAAGAAAUCUGCAAGGAGGCAAGAGUACAAAGAACUUGCAAUUUUGCAUGGGAAAAAUGAAAAUGGAAACAAUGAUUGCAUCGAGAAUAUAUGUCCAACUUUGCGGGAGGAUAUUUUUGAACGCGAGUGGGAACUUCUCUAA